AUGAGCUUAUACUGCUUGAAAGUGCAUGAUCUCCAGAGAAAGUUCAAAAGUUGUGAAAUUGUGAAAAUUUCUCGGGUCGAGAAUUGUAAGGUCGAUGCCUUGUCAAGAUUGGUGUUCAUGGGAAUAGAUGGGCUUGACAGGAUAGACCACGUUAGAAUUGUAACCGAGCCAAGCAUCAAUCAGACCAUAGGCGUCAUGGAUAUUGAUAAUGAGCCAUCGUGGAUGGAUCCAAUAGUGGACUUCAUAAAAUAUGGCCGUCUUCUAGAAGAUCCUCGAGCAACGAGAAGCAUCCGGUCCAAAGCUUCGAGGUAUUGCAUGAUUGAAGGAGUUUUAUUUCGCAGGAGCCUCACACUUCCAUACCUCAAAUGCCUUAGGCCUUUCGAAUCAUCCCUGGCCCUAGAAGAAGUUCAUGAAGAAGUAAGUGGGAACCAUCAAGGAGCUUGGGCAUUAGCCUUCAAGCUCAUAAGGUAUGGAUAUUAUUGGCCGACCAUGAAGAAAGACGCCCAGGAAUAUGUCAAGAAGUGUGACAAGUGCCAAAGAUUUGGCAAUGUCAUCCACCCUCCCGCAGAGGACCUCACUAGCAUUAAGUAUUUCACUAAGUGGGUGGAGGUCGAGCCUUUAGCAACAAUUUCAGAGCCGAAGUUAAGAAAUUUCAUUUGGAGAUCCAUCAUAUGCAGGUUUGGGAUACCGAAAGUCCUCAUAACUGAUAAUGGUAGGCAGUUUAACAAUGCACAAUUUAAAAACUUAUGUUCCAACCUAGGGGUUGAUCACCGUUUGACGUCGGUUUCCCAUCCUAAUAGUAAUGGUCUCGCCGAAGUGACCAAUCGAAUUAUAUUGCAGGACCUCAGUACAAGGAUCGGGGAUGCAAGAGGUUCCUGGUCUGAUGAGUUACCUUCCAUACUUUGGACGUAUAGAACUUCCCACAGAACUGCAACGGGUGAAACCCCCUUCAUGUUGGCUUUUUGUAUUAAGGCCACCAUCCAUAUUGAAGUCAGGUUGCCCAGCCAAAGAAGGCUUGAGCCUGAAGAUGUAGAGUGCACCACUGAACACCUCGACCUCUUGGAAGAAGUUCGUGAUCAGGCAGCUUUAAGAAUGGCCUCCUACCGAGAUAAAAUAGCAAAGUACUUCAAUAAAAAAGUAAGGACGCAGAGAUUAAGAGCCGGAGACCUUGUGUUAAGAAGAGUCGAAGCAGCAGGUCAUGCCCCAGGCAAGCUAGGACCAGUUUGGAAAGGGCCCUUUGAAGUCAUACGACAGCUCCAAGGAGGCGCAUAUAGUUUAAGGGAUACAUCAGGAAGACCACUUCCAAGACCAUGGAACACUGAGAAUUUAAAGAUAUAUUACAAAUAA